AUGUUGGCUCGCUCAGCGUUGCGCUCGGCUCGCUCGGUCGGCGCUGCAGCCCGGAAUGCUGCCAGCAGAACACCCUCGCGCUCCGCUUCCACCUCCAGCUCCACAGCCGAGGAAGCGGCCUCGUCCUGGAAGACGAACGCUCUCCCGGUCGGAGCCACGAUGGCUGCCAUCGGAUCGGUUGCGUGGUACUAUCAUCUCUACGGACGCAAUGUCGAUGCCAUGACGCCCGCCGAGGAAGGUCUCCACCCGACUCAAUACCCCUGGGAACAUGCGAAAUGGUACAAGACAUUUGACCAUCAGGCACUCCGCCGUGGCUUCCAGGUCUACCGUGAAGUCUGCGCAUCCUGCCACUCACUGUCCCGAGUGCCGUACCGCGCCCUUGUCGGUACGAUCAUGACCGUCGAUGAAGCCAAGGCCCUCGCCGAGGAGAACGAGUACGAUACCGAGCCGAACGACCAGGGCGAAAUUGAGAAGCGGCCCGGAAAGCUCUCGGAUUACAUGCCCGCUCCCUAUAAGAACGACGAGGCCGCCCGCGCUGCCAAUAACGGUGCUCUGCCCCCGGAUCUAUCCCUCAUGGUCAAGGCCCGCCACGGCGGCUGCAACUACAUCUUCAGCUUGUUGACUGGUUAUCCCGAGGAACCUCCUGCGGGUGCCGUCGUCCAGGAAGGUCUCAACUUCAAUCCCUACUUCCCCGGUACCGGUAUUGCAAUGGCUCGUGUCCUUUAUGAUGAUUUGGUUGAGUACGAGGAUGGCACCAAGGCGUCGACGUCGCAAAUGGCAAAGGAUGUCACUGAAUUCCUCAACUGGGCAGCCGAGCCCGAGGCGGAUGACCGUAAGAAGAUGGGCUGGAAGGUUUUGGCGGUGACGAGCGUGCUUCUUGCCCUCAGCGUGUGGGUUAAGAGGUACAAGUGGGCCGGACUCAAGACCCGGAAGAUCGUCUACAACCCCCCCUACACCGUCAAGGAAGCGCCCAGGCUACCCAAGGGACCUAACCAGUCAUGA